ACCUUCCCAAGGUCUUCCUUUAUGACUCUGGUCCGGAAUCCAGGCCAUGGCGGCCCGGAGUGACCACUGUGGGGACGGGCCCGCGAUCAAGGAUGAUGACUAGGCCCCCUACCCCGCAAGCUAGGCUGGCUCAGGCAGCCCGCACUCGAAGUCAAGCCAAGGCAAGUGCGAGUCAAGAACCUCCUCGGAAGGAACCAGAACCAGAAAAGAGGAAGGAAACUGUAGAGGUGGAGGAUGAUGAUGAUGAUGAAGAGGAAGAUGACCGGUUACGUCAGGAAGAAGAUCAGAGGGCCGAACAGCGAGCCAAGAAAAGAGAAAGUCAGGGAGAGGCCGAACCGGUUAUGCGAGACAUACCACCAAAGAGGAAGAAGUAUGCGGUCCGGCUAGAGGAAGGAUUUAAUGUAGAGCGAGUAAUUGACAGGCUGCUUGAGGGCCAUAAUGAUUUAAUGACCCUCAAGGAGAUCCUGGCGUCCGCACCAAGGCUCCGAAAUGAACUGAAGGGUAGGUUGUCAAGGCAGCUGGUACCAAAUGUUCACCUCAGCGUGAUCCUGCCCAAGGAGAUGGAAUGGGCAGAGCUUGGGAUAAAAAUGGAUUGGAAGUGUGUGGCUUGUGGCGUGGUGGACCUAGCGGUGAAAGGCUCUAAGUGCACGGCCAUGGUAGAUACAGGGGCCGAAAUGAACAUUAUCCGGGAGGCUGAUGCCGUCAGAUUUGGACUGGAGAUAGACCGCUCGGACUGCGGCAUCCUGCACGGGGCCAACAACAAGGGUGUGUUUUGUGGAAUAGCCUCGAAUGUGCUAUUGGAGAUUGGCAGGGUGAAAGCGCGGCCCUGUUUCUUUGUGAUGCCUGAUGUAGACCACAGUAUCCUCCUGGGGAGGUCCUUCCUAUGCAGGACAGAGACCUUGAUGUAUAAUAAGCAUGAUGGGUCAUUAAUAUUGAUUUUAUGUGAUCCAACAUGCAGGAAUUACGAAGUGAUUACCUGCCGGAACACUGGGCCAAGGAGCCUCAGGAACAGGCCAAACCCUGGCUCUUUCACGAUUGAGGAGUCAGAAGACGCACAUCAGAGGCUUAUGGCAGAGCCCGAGGAUGAAGUAGAAGGUGAAGCCUUCUCGCUCAGCCUGUCGGAUGUGGGAAAGGCCAUGGAUAUAGUGGCCACACAAGAGAUGGUCGAUCCGGAUGCCAUUCAGGCGCUGAGGGAGCAGGUUCUAAAGUAUCCCCAGAUAGGGGAAAUGAAGUUGGUCUACCGGCUUCCUAAGGGGGGAAUGGAUCCGGCGAUGGCGCAGGCACAGGCACGAGCGGCAAUUCCCGUUCUGGUUACCGAGGACGAGGAGGUGUACUACGAACGUGAGCGAGCGUUGAUACGGCGGAUGAGGGAAAGCCCGUCAGAAGGGCCAUGUCGUAUCAAUGAGGAGAACGAAGGAAAGUUGAUAGUGGGAGAACCGGACUUCCUACUACCUCGGGAAAGAGCCCUGAUGGUGGAGCUGAUGAAGAAAAGACAUCGCGCCUAUGCGUUCAGCGACGAGGAGCAUGGCAGGUUGGAUGUGGACAAGAUUCCAAUGAUCCGCAUUCAUACCGUGCCGCACGAGCCAUGGAAUCUAAGAGGGGCGCGAUACCCAGAUCCGGACGAAGAGAAGAAGGUAGUGGACUACCUCGAUGGCAAAAUACGUACGCACGUCGCCGACUACUCAAGCGGACCCUCCGCAUCCCCGUGUUUUUGCUUUAUUAAGCCUAAUGGGACACUAAGCUGGGUACAGGACUUGCAGAGACUGAAUGCGAUGACCGUGCGGGAUGCAGGUGGGCUACCAAAUGCUGAUGCACUGUCGGAGUCGUGCGCUGGGAGGCCGAUAAUUUCACUUAUUGACCUCUAUUCCGGAUAUAACCAAUUUCUGGUCUACCCGCCGGACCGAACAGUGACAGCUAUGCACACGCCUCGGGGGCUUAUCCACAUGAAUGUGGCUCCACAAGGGUGGACGAAUGCGGUGGCGAUGGUCCAGAGGAAUAUGAUCCGGGUCAUGCAGACAGUUAGUCCACACAUCACGCAUCCUUACAUCGAUGACCUGGCAGUGAAAGGGCUGCAAAAAAGGGAAGACGAUGAGGUCCUGCCUGGAGUAAGGCGGUUUGUUUGGAGGCACGUUCAGGACCUUGAUAAAGUCUUGGGCUUGCUUGAGGAGUACAACCUUACGGUCAGUGGGCCUAAGUCUAAGCACUGUAUGAGGCAAGCGACUAUCUUGGGGUUCGUUUGUAAUGAGAACGGUCGGCGGUCGGAUGUUAAGAAGACGGAUAAGAUAGUUGAGUGGUCGGUGUCAUUCCGUUCUGUAACAGAUGUAAGGAGCUUCUUAGGUAGCCAUUGUAUGGUGGAUGAGGUACUGACGAUAGAGGAGGGCCCGGAUAAAGUAAAACAUCACGAGGAAUCAAUGGGAGGGAUGUACCUCCUUGUCAAUGCGCUUCUGCAGGAGUCCCUUGAUCUGGAAAGCUCACUAAACCCAGCCGAAGGAAGAGAUACUGUGUUGGAGAGCCAGGAUGACGAGUUUGAAGAGGGAGAGAUCAAGGAGGCAUUCCGCGCAGAGGAGUAUGAAGGGAUUUACCUAGAGCUGGGACUUCUCUUAUCCUGCGAGAUGCGUGAUAGAGACGCAAGCCAUAGGGCGCAGAUGAUGAGGGAUCGCUACCUAGUAAGGGACGGUCAUCUCUUCGUAAGAAGAAAGGUAGGAAACCCCAGGCGGGUGGUAUGUGGUCGCAACCGUCAGAUCGACGUCAUAGCAGCGCUUCACGAUGGCAUUGCAGGCGGACACCGGGGAGUUACUGCCACAUAUGCCAAAAUAAGUGAGCUAUACUACUGGGACGGGAUGAUGGAGAUGGUUGGGAAAUUCUACCGUUCCUGUGUGCCGUGCCAAGAGCAGACUCGUCUAAGGCCAGGAGAGCUACUGCAUCCAAGGCUGGAGAGAGAGGUCGGGACCGUAGUACACCUCGACUUAUUGCUCAUGCCCCUUGGAGAUUAUGGCUACAACUAUAUCUUUGAUGCGCGCGACAACCUAUCUGGCUUCGUAGAUGGACGGGCAAUCCGUACGAAGACUGGGCCAGUUCUGGUCAGCUGCAUCGAGGAGUAUUACCUACGCUACCCGUUCGUUAGGGAAUUCAUAAUGGACAGGGGGUCGGAGUUCACCUGUCAGGAGGUGCAAGAGCUGCUAUCAAGAUAUGAGGUAGUGGCUAACUACACCACGGCCGCCCACCCACAGGCAAAUGCUCUGGUGGAAAGAGGUCAUAGUACCAUUACGGCUCUACUAGCAAAAUGGACCGAAGCCAUGCCAAGAGGAGGGAGGGGGACACGGCCACCACGACGGCCAGCGGGAGCAUCAGGAGGACAUGCACGGCAUGGGCCUUACCGUCGAGCAAGCACUCCAGUAUAUAACGAUGGGGAUAUCGAGUUAUUCAUGGACGAGUUUUGGGGCCACGCUGACCAUAUGGGGUGGACCGUGACUCGGACGAUCGAGAGGUUGAGGGGAGUUGGCAGGUUUAUGGAGCCCAUCGCACAGAUUCGCAGGGAGGCUCGAACGAGGUUGGAAGUGGAGGCGCGGAUGCAGGAACUGCGGCCGUCGCCUGUGGGGCCUGAUGGCAGACCUAUUCGGCUAGAGAUUGGGAAUGCAGAGGAGUUCAUCCCAGCAUUCGAGCAAUUCAUGCAGAACCAGGGAAUACCGCGAAGCGAGUCGAUGACGACGUUACCCCUGUGGACCCGAAAGGCGGAAAGACCUUUGGCCAGACAGAUCAGGGACAUAGCCCGAGAUUGGGAUGGUUGUAGAGCGCACUUGAGGGCGGCAUUCCGGCAGCCAGAACCACCUUGGCCUAGAGUCGAAAGGCGCCUCAGGAGCGGCAGGCAGAGGGAACCUGAGCCCGCUGAGGACCGAACCUCGCGGAGAGGUCGGAAGGCGCUCGCUAGGCGGGAAGAGGAGGACGUGCCUGAGGCAGAACGACAGGAGGAGCACCCCGAGGGUGGACUGGGGCCAGUAGAGUUCCACCGCUAUACCGGAGGAGGACUGGGGGAAGCGCCACAACAUAUACAGGAAGAGAUACCGGUCGUUGAAGGGUCAUUGCAAGAGUUAGAGGCACAUCUGGACGCUGCCCAGUGGAGAGAGUUGCCGAUGAGUGAGGUGCGCAUUGAGGCCAUCGCGGAAGUACCGCAAGAGGACGUUCCAGACCCUGAACAAGAGGAGGGGCCGAGUGCUAUGAAAGACCGGAUUGGGGAUGAGAUCAUAGAAGUUGAGGAAGACACUCCCCCUCAGGGGCCAGCCGUGGGGCUGAGGCUCGGUAGUCCACUCGAGAGCCCGCCAGAUACGAGGAAGAAAGUACAAAGGGAGGAAGUCUCGAUCUCGGUGCCAGAGACAGCCCUAUCGCCGACAGGAAUGGAGGCAAGUGAGGCGGAGGGGGCCAGUCUGAGGAGGGAGGCAGACAGUCUGAUUGAUAGUCAUCUGGCCGCCCACGCUCUGGAGCAGCCUAAUCUGGAAGAGGUCAUACCUGUGGAGUCACCCCGGGAACCAGGUCAGGCCGAGAGAGAGGUGGAAACGGGGAUCCCAGGGGAAGUCGAACAACGCACGGUAGAGGAAGUACCAGCGAAAGAAACGGCUGAGGAGAAGCGGGCUAGAGUGGCGAGACGUUGGGAGGAAAUCCGGCAGGAGGGGCAAAGAUUGGAAGCAGCAGGGGUACUCCCAAGUCCGCCACCGCACUAUAAACCAUAUGGGCUCCGGGAGAUGUGGGAAGAAUUUCUUGCUCGUCAUGGCGAAGGGUUGACGACCCCAGGCAAGGCAGAGGUCGAAACCUCACAGAGAGUUGAUGAGUAUUUGGAUCAGGGGAUUCGCUCCAUAUCCAAGACCUCCUUCGACAUGUAUAUGAUGUUGGAGGCAGAUCUGAGAAGGAAGGAACUGAAGGAAGCAGGGUUGGAGUCACGGUUGGGGACCAUUGAGGCGGAAGUCCGUGAGCUCAGGGCUCUGGUGGCUAACCAGGCCGCCACCAUC